AUGUCGACGCCUUCAUCGCGCCGCAGCAGAGGGCACUCGUCCCGCAAGUCCGUCACAUCCACCCCUGUGCAGCAACCACCAUCUUCGCCUAAGGGGUCAUCGCGAUCCAAAAAUGGCGCCGGCGUCCCAUCCUCGUCGCCAGUGUUCUUCCAGUCGUCUUCUCCCACAAAGAAGACACCACGCCCAGCCCAGCGCUCUAUCGAUGAGAUGAUGGUCAGCUCACCGCCUCGAGGACCUUCUGUCGCUGGUGAUGGGGACACCACCCCUAGGGGCAAUCGUCAGGUCGCGCCGGGUGAAUCGUCUCCCGUCCGAUAUGAUCCCAGCUCCAGUCCUCGCGCAAGCCAGCAGAACCGUGACAUUCCCACAAGUAGCAGCGGACUGUUCUUUCGGGAAAAUGAUAGAAUAACUUCGAGGAGAGGCGACAUUCACUCAGACAACUUUGGUGGUCCAGGCUCGGCUCGUCGGCGCAUUUUCGUGGGCGAAGAUGGUUUGCCCGUCCGUGAUGAUGAGCCAGGGUCCCAGGCAACCUUCUCAAAUCUCAAUCCAAAUACCUCCGAAGCCGACAUCCUGGGAGGCGACUCAAGUCGCGUGAUCUGGGGCACCAAUAUUUCCAUCACCGACACUGUGGCAGCCUACAAGGGCUUCCUGCGAAACUACACGAAGAAGUACCGAAUGUGGGCAGAUGGCAUGACCGAAGCGGAGACUGAUGCUCUUGGUCCCAUCGCUGAGCAGAAGGAAUACGUUGAGCUGAUCAAACAGAUGCUGCAGCUCGGUCUCGGGACACUCAACAUUGAUGUUCGCAAUCUCAAGGCCUACCCGUCGACCAUGAAGUUCUAUCACCAGCUCAAAGAUUAUCCCCAGGAGAUGAUCCCAAUCAUGGACCAGUCUGUGAAGGACCUUGCCGUGGAGCUGGCGGCCAAGGAAAUGCAAGAGCUGCAACGUGCAGCCGCGGGCCAGGGUGCAACUCGUGCCCCAAAUGGCAGCUCUGCUCCUAUGGAACCGAGUUCAGAUGCUGACAAUGCGAAUCCGACCACUGGGGCCGCGAUUCCGAACCUUGUGGAGCAGGCGGAGCUGAUCAACUACAAGACAAUGCCAUUCGGAAUGGAGGGAGUCAUCAACAUGCGUGAUUUGGACCCGAACGACAUCGAUAAGCUGAUCUCUAUCAAGGGUCUAGUCAUCCGUACCACACCAGUCAUUCCAGACAUGAAGGAAGCCUUCUUUAAAUGUGCUGUCUGCGGCGACACGAGAUGGGCAGGACUCGACCGAGGCAAGAUCAAGGAGCCCACCGUCUGUAAACGACAGAUCUGCGGCAGCAAGAACAGCAUGGAGAUCGUACACAACCGAAGUAUGUUCGCCGACAAGCAAGUCAUCAAAUUGCAAGAGACGCCUGACGCUGUACCUGACGGACAGACGCCGCAUAGCGUCAGCCUCUGUGUCUACGAUGAGAUGGUCGAUCAAUCCUGUCCGAGUCAACCCGCGUAUGCGACCGUCAAGAAUCUUUUCAAAACCUAUGUCGAUGUUCUGCACGUCAAGAAGGUAGACAAUCGCAGAAUGGGCAAUGAUGCAAGCACAAUCGAGCAGGAGUUGGCUGAGCAUGUUGCCGGGCAGACGGAGCAAGUCCGCAAGGUCAGUAAGGAAGAGGAAGAGAAGAUCCGAGCGACAGCUCAGCGCGAUGACAUUUACGAUCUACUUUCGCGGAGCCUGGCGCCCAGCAUCUACGAGAUGGACGAUGUGAAGAAGGGCAUCUUGCUUCAGCUGUUUGGCGGCACGAACAAGAGCUUCGAGAAGGGCGGAAGUCCGAAGUAUAGAGGUGACAUCAACGUCUUGCUUUGCGGCGACCCCAGUACGAGCAAGUCGCAGAUUUUGCAAUAUGUGCACAAGAUCGCCCCGCGAGGUGUCUAUACGUCAGGCAAGGGCAGCUCUGCUGUUGGCCUGACGGCCUACGUCACGAGAGAUCCUGAGAGCAAGCAGCUCGUACUUGAGUCAGGUGCGUUGGUGCUAUCAGACGGCGGUGUCUGCUGCAUCGAUGAAUUUGACAAGAUGAACGAUUCGACACGAUCCGUUCUGCACGAAGUCAUGGAGCAGCAGACAGUCUCGAUUGCCAAAGCUGGCAUCAUCACCACAUUGAAUGCCAGGACAUCGAUCCUGGCCUCAGCAAAUCCGAUCGGCAGCAAGUAUAAUCCCAACCUGCCGGUGCCACAGAACAUUGACCUUCCUCCGACGCUGUUGUCCAGGUUCGACCUUGUCUACCUCGUUCUCGAUCGUAUCGACGAGCAAAAUGACCGUCGCCUCGCCCGGCACAUGGUCGGCAUGUAUCUUGAGGACACGCCCGAGAACGCGGCUCAACAAGAAAUCCUACCAGUCGAGUUCCUCACAGCCUACAUCUCCUUCGCACGCAACAACAUCCACCCAACCAUCACGCCCGCCGCCGCCCAAAUCCUAACAGAUAGCUAUGUGGCGAUGCGCAACCUCGGCAACGCCGUUGCAGCCACCGACCGUCGCAUCACUGCCACAACCCGUCAGCUCGAGUCCAUGAUCCGCCUGUCCGAGGCACACGCGAAGAUGCGCCUCAGUGAGACCGUCGAGGAGUCUGACGUGAACGAGGCUGUGCGCCUGAUCAAGUCCGCUAUCAAGGCAUCUGCGACGGAUGCGCGGACGGGCUUGAUUGACAUGGGUCUAUUGAGUGAGGGUGGGAGCGCGAGCGAGAGGAGGCGAAAGGAGGAUCUGAAGAGGGAAGUGUUGAGGACGUUGGAUGCGGAUGAUAAUGUGAGGAGGGGCAAUGAGGUGAGGUGGUCAGAUCUGUAUCGUACGGUGCAGGAGGGCAAUAGCGGUGGAGAGGUAGAGGGUGGGGAGUUCUCGGAGGCCGUCAGGGGCUUGGAGGCCGAAGGCAAGAUCAUGGUCACAGGUGAAGGUGGCGGGAGGAGGGUGAGGAGGAUCACUGGCUCGUCCUGA